CGCGGUGCCGCGGCGCGCGGCGCGGCUGGACGCGUCGGCGGUGCACCGCAUGGUGUCGUCGCACAUCGUGCGGAAGGAAACGAAAGAAACGAAGGAAGCGAAGGAAUCGACAGAUGCAGGCAAUCUCUGGGCCAACUGGGCCCCUGGUCGCGACCGGGAGCCGUGGCACGAGCGGCCGUGGGGUGAGCUGUGGCAAGAGGGGCAGAAGGGGCAGUUCCAGGGUCGACCAUCUGGAAGUUCGAGGCCAGCCCAUAUUCGUCCUUCAAAGCCUGGUCCUGGAGAGACCCGUGUGCGCAUCAGCAAAGAGCUCGCUGAGAGUUGGACCACGCGGGAGGUGCUUCAGGCCUCCGAAGACCACCUCGAGGAGUUCGAUGUGGUGCAUCUGGUGGUGGCAUUGCAUCGCAUCGCCAAAUCCACAGAUUUCCAACAGCUGCGCCACUCAGCGCCGCUGCGGGAGCAGCUGGCGGAGCUGGCCAAAAACGCGGCAGAAGCAGUGCAACCCGGACCCCAGGGCGAAGUGCCGCAUGUCAAGGAGGUCUCCAAAGCGGUGUGGGCGUUGGCCAAGGUGGGCCCAUGGUCUGAUAGCAUGGAGGGCUACGCCCCGAGGGGCGCAGCUUCCGAUUGGGGUGGCUGGUCUUCUGUGCACAGGAGUCUCAAGGUCUUAGGCGCCUGUGCUAUGGAGAGGCUGAAUGAGUUAGAUAGCCAUGGCCUUUCCAAUGUGGCCUGGAGCUUCGCUGUCGCCCGGCAGGACGGCACAACCGGCACGGCGCGGGCGGUGGCCUGGACGGCGCUGCAGAUUCUGCCGGACUUCAAAGCGCAAGGCCUUGCCAACACCGCCUGGGCAAUGGCCAAACUAAUGGCAGACCAUGAGGGCCGAAGUGAACAUCGUCUGUUGGAUCACAUAGCCCAUGAGGUGGCCCGAAAUGCCAAGGACUUUACCCCACAGGGCCUGGCGAACAUCGGCUGGGCCUUUGCCACUUUGGCCAUGUCCGGGGCCCGUUGCGGCACGGGACAUCCAAAGUGUGGACCAUGGAAUAACGUGCAGAAUUUACCAUGUGGAAAACGGUGGAUGUAACGUUUUUCAGAGUUGUUAAGUGUUGGUCUGUUUGAGUAUUUGAGCGACAAAUGGC